CAUCCAUCCCCCAUCUCAUCAUCGUUAGACCCCGCUCCCAGCUUCCAACCUCAGCCUUAGCCAGUACCCACGCGUACUCAGCGUCAAACUUACUGCCGCCCGAUACUGAUACCGGUACCGCACCGUAGUGGUAACCUUAUUGUCGCUUCCCCUCAUCGAACCUCCUUCAUCCUCCUCCCCCAUCAAACGCCACCCAUACUCUUGCCUUCCCAUCCCUUAGACCUUCCUCAACCCCUCGUCAAACGUGAAGACAGCCCUUCACUUUUCUUCUUCAUCAAAAUGGCAUCGUCGGACCGCCUUCGUUUGAUCCGUUCUGCACGAAAUUACCAUCUUUGUGGCCGCGUGCCUUUGGUCAACGUUGUUGUGCUCUUUAUCGAGAUCGUGGGAUUAGCUCGUGUGGCUAUGCAAUAUGACCUACAUUUUGGCUCCAAGCCAAUACUGACCAUGAUGAUUACCAACUCGUUGCUGAACGGGGUGGCAGAUACCAUCGCCCAAACAGUCACCUCCAUACGAGCUAAAACCCGCAGACCUCGAGAUUUUGGAAAGAAGGAUAGCAUUUCAAUAGAAAUCCAUGAGUUGAAUGAGAAGGGCCCUUUACCUACCCAUCGAGCGGAACUCUUGGCCACCUCACCGCCGCCCUUUGACUUUGAGCGGCUGGUGAGAUACAUGGCAUGGGGCAUGUUUCCUUAUUGCGCCUCUGCUAUUCAAGUGCUCAUCCUCUCUCCUACCUCCCUUGCGGUCUUCUUCAUCUACAUGACCUUAGCAGAGGGAGGUGGAAAGAAAGCUAUCAUUCGAAAAUUCGAUAUGGUUUAUAUUUCCGCUUUGAAAUCCAAUUAUAUUCUAUGGCCAGCUGUUCAAAUACUAAACUUCCGAGUUGUUCCUCUUUCACUCCAACUGCCUUUUGCCUCGACCGUUGGAAUCGCAUGGACAGUGUACCUUUCGCUCACAAACGACGCCGCAGAUUAAUGGCCAGUUGUAGAUCUCUGCUUCAAUCUCAGUAGACCCAGCCCGAACACCUCCCUAAAACAGUCUAAUACCAAUCAGAUCUCUCAAGUCCGGCUCUCACGGUUGGUAGACUAUCAAAAAAAAAAAAAAGCCUCUGCUCUCUUUCCAUUUUCACCGUUUUCACCUUCUACGCUUUCCACUCUCUCUCGGCCAAAUUACUCGCGUAUAUGGUGGGAUAAAGAUAGGGUAAUAAGGUCAACGACAUUGUCUCUCGUUUAUCAUCAUGCAGGUUCCUCCAAGGACGCCUUGGACUUGCCAUUCCUUCUACUACCGUUCUCAAAUUCACGGGCUGUGCAGCAUGUUCCCUGUUAUUUGUCACUGUUGGCGUUAGGUACUAUUAUCCAUAAAAUCACUGGUGGGGGAGGAAAGGUGGCAUUUCAUAUUUUAGGAAUUUACAUCCUGUAGUAGUCCGUGGUUCA